AUGUCUCACACCGCCUGGACAUCCGACAGGCUCGCGCCCAAGUCGAGCACCCCGCCCCCGCGGAACAAGCCAAAGCACAGCAACAGCAGGGCGGGAAGCAACCGGCCCACCAAAGAGCGCGGAGAAAGCGACGGGGACACCAAGGACCCCAAGGGCGGCUGCUUUUGUCUAGCGCGUGUGCACCCGCUCUCGCAACACACGCCCAUCUGCCGAUCAUGCGCGCUCGUCCUCUGCGAGGUCAACCUCCCCCAGUUCGCGUGUCCCCACUGCGCCGCCGCCCUCCUCAGCGACGCGGCCCGCGCCACGCUGCUCGAAAAACUUAACGCCCGCAUCGACGACACGCUCGCCAAGGAGGAGGCGGAGCGCCAACGCGUCGUCGAUGCGGCGCGAGCAGCCCAAGGCGCGUUCCCUACCCUCGGCCCGUCCUCGCGCACCGGCACUCCCACUCCCCCCGCCAACCAGACGCACAAGGUGCUUUCGCUCGACUCGAAGACGCGCAAGGUGAAGGUCGCGACGUACACGCCACCGUCGAUGUCGCGCACGGCGUCGCUGGAGAGGGUCGCGAAGGCGGCCGAGCCGGAGUACACGCGGGUCCCGGCGCCGUCUCCGGAAGUCGUCAUCGCUCGGGCACCGCCCAAAGACAGGCCGUGGGCGAACAUGCGCGGGCUCAACGUCACGUACGUGCCACCCACGAGGGUAGCUUGA